CUGUGUGGCUUCUCAUCUCAUCUCAUGUCAUCUCAUCUCUCUCUCUCUCUCUUCCCGAAGCCGAGAAAGCCAGAGAGAGCCUGUCCCAUCACCGUAACCCUAACAAAAGGAAGCAAGGGAGGAGGAGAUGUUGAGAGUUGCCGGGAGGAGGGUCUCUUCUCUCUCAUGGAGGUCCACUCAGGCAUCUCCAUCCGCCUUCAUGGCUAGGAAUCCGAUCAACGGUGGCUCUGAUUCACCCUCCCAUGACCUUAGAUCCAUCUGCCCACCGCACACAUUUUUUAUUAGCUCCUCCUCCUCCUCCGUGUUCCUGGAUCAAAUCAGAGGAUUUACUUCUGAUUCGCUGGCUCCCACACAUGACAUGGGCAUACUCUCAGACCUUCCAGCUACUGUGGCAGCUGUCAAGAAUCCCAGCUCAAAAAUUUUGUAUGAUGAGCACAAUCAUGAGCGUUAUCCUCCUGGCGACCCAAGCAAGCGUGCAUUCGCAUACUUCGUCUUGACUGGUGGCAGGUUUGUGUAUGCUUCCUUGAUCCGUCUCCUGGUACUCAAGUUUGUUUUGAGCAUGUCUGCAAGUAAAGAUGUUCUUGCCCUUGCCUCCCUUGAGGUAGACCUCUCCAGCAUUGAACCUGGGACUACUGUUACAGUCAAGUGGCGUGGUAAGCCAGUUUUUAUCAGGCGUCGAACUGAGGAUGAUAUCAAGUUGGCUAACAGUGUCGAUGUUGCCUCCCUUCGGGACCCACAGGAGGAUUCUGUCAGAGUUAAGAACCCAGAAUGGCUUGUGGUCGUUGGGGUCUGUACCCAUCUGGGGUGCAUCCCUUUGCCAAAUGCUGGUGACUUUGGUGGUUGGUUUUGCCCAUGCCAUGGCUCUCACUAUGACAUAUCUGGAAGGAUCCGCAAGGGGCCAGCACCAUUCAAUCUGGAGGUACCGACUUACACCUUCUUGGAGGAGAACAAGUUGAUGGUUGGAUAAGAAUUCAGGAUGGAGUUACUCAUCAGCAAAUUUAUUUUUCUUUCUUUUUGACGUAUUCAGUAAUGCUUUAUGGACUUGUUUUUUGUAUCUAUUGCCAGUCCUAGGCAGGGCUAUAUGGCUCUGAAUAAUGCAACUGGCUUCUUGUUAAGCAUUUUUUGCAGUCUUCAUGGUGCUUGGAACGUACUUCACUUAAUAAUUUUUUUUGAGCAAUACUUCACUUAAUAAUAAGAUGCCUUUUUUCA